UUAACUUUCAGGACAGCAAAUUGACUCAAAAAAUUAUAGGAGUACUUAGUAGAGAGCCUAAAUUCCAGGAUUUGCCCGCCGUCAUCGAACUCGUUCUCCGGCGUUAAAAUUCAACUUUUUUUCUCCGGCUAACUCUUUGCCCAUCUCUCUCCGGUUAAUAAUUUUAAUUUGCGAAGCUUCAUUGUAUAACAGAAACUUGGUCAUCUAUUCAUAGGGCUGAUUGGAAGGACUGCUGGAAAUGGAUUUUUCGUGCAAAGAAAGUGACAAGGAGGAGUCUUUAGUCCCUGGAGUGUUUGAGAUACCUGGAGAACCGGCUGUUGUUAUUAAUGGGUUGCCUCCCGUUUCUUCAAGUGCUGACACCAUUUUUUCCUGUCCAAUAAUUACUGAUGCAGAAUCACAUAAGAAUGCUAGUUUCAGUCAAUGGUUUGUAGGAAGAGAAGUCCGCAAGUUUUUUGGGGAUCAGUAUUACUAUGGGAAAGUUAUUGAAUUUGAUGGGGAAGUUGGUUGGUUCAGGGUGAAGUAUGAAGAUGGCGACAUUGAAGAUCUUGAGUGGCAUGAGUUGGAACAAGUCCUUCGGCCUUUGGACAUUACUAUUCCAUUGAAAACAGUAGCCACAAAGGUCAAUAAGAUAAAGCAGAGAUCCAUUCAGAAAUCCGGGGGUAGAACUGAAAAUCAAGGUGUAAAAAAUGACAAAGACACGGUGAAGAAAAACAUCGUUUUUAUGUAGAACUCCAGGCAUGUCAAACAUGGCAUGGAGUACUUUAGCUCAUUAUCCAGCUUCAUGAGAAUUCUGAAACAUAUUGUGGAGAAUGGUAGGUUAGAUGUAGUCUGUUGAGUUGAAUCUCUGUAGUUUUAUCGAUCAGUUUAAUAGUCAUUAGUCCAAAAGCAUCAUUUCUGCAAUUUUCUUGAAGUUCUCAUUCUAAGUACUUACGUAAAAAUACUCAGUCGGCGUUUGCCAUAGACUUCAAAUAUGUUGUUGGAAUUGAAUAUGCAGUUGUGCUUGGUUUUA